CUCGGGCAGUUGCAGACAAUCUGUCUGUGGUGGAAAUGGAGAACGUAUGAAGAGAGUACAUUUCGAUACCCAUUUAACACACCACAUUAUAUCUGCCUCUAAACAACUACUUUGAAAAGCCACAUCACCUUCAAAUGCAAUGUAAAAUAUGGGAAUUAAAACCGCAGGAACUGAACACAAGCUGCAUUAUUGGACUCCUCUCGUUACCUGGCAAGUCUUGUUACCUGUCAACUGAAAACAACUGUUUGGACUAGUUUUUGGCCUCCUGGUCAUCAAGUCUGUCCAUGUUGAUCACCCAGGAAGAGGUUUAAAGAUUCUGCCGGAUUUCAACUUACCUGCAGUACAUGUAGUGGAGAAGAAAACAUCAGACUUCUACAAGCCAGAGAGAACUGUUCCAGUAUUGUCUAAUUUUGGGACUGAUUUGAAUACCUGGCUAUCCAGACCAGGUACAGUCAUGCACCUAGAGGUAAAGGUAGCUCUGAAUUUCAUUGUGUCCUACCUGUACAACAAACUGCCCCGUCGUCGUGCUGACCUCUUCGGGGAAGAGUUGGAGCAGAUACUGUUGUCGCACUAUGAAGGCCACUGGUACCCUGAAGCUCCUUUGCGGGGCUCUGCCUUCCGCUGCUUGCACCUAGGGGCCCCCAGUGACCCAGUGGUGGAGCUAGCUGCCAGGAGAAGUGGACUGGACACAGAGGAAGUGUGUGCCAAUGUCCCCCCUGAGCUGAGUGUGUGGAUCGACCCCUAUGAAGUGUCCUACCAAAUCGGGGAGAAUGGAGCCGUUAAGGUCCUGUACUUUGAGGAUCCGUCCGGCUUAGGUGGAGAAGGCGAAAUGGUGGAAGUAGUAAGUGGAGUGAGUAAAGGGGACAUGGAGGUAGAGGAGGCCAAGAGCUUAGGGUUCAACCCUGAGGCCCAGGUGUUUGUUCCAAUUGGAGCCCAGAUAUCUCCAGUUCUGCUUCCUUCCAUCUCCAGCACACCCGCACCCCUCUCAGCCUCAUCCUGCCCAGUGAUUUUCAGCUAUCCCAGCUCCAGCACACCCACGAACCCAACUGCCCACUCCUCUAACACAUCCACACCUUCCCCUCCAAGUGGGGGACUCCCUUACCCCCCCUCUCAGCAGCCAACGGCUGCCCUGCCCACCACCCGUCCACCGCCGCAGCCCAUCACCUUCACCACGGCCAGUUUCGCCGCAACAAAAUUUGGCUCCACCAAGAUGAAGAAGUGUGGCGGUUCCGGAUCGGCUGGCGGCUCGGGUGUAGGCGUGCCCCCACCACAGAGGAUGCUCGCCCGUUCCCCCACCAACAUCUCUCCCCCAGGGCUGCUGAAACACAAGCCCCUCUCAGUCUCCCUGCACUCCCUGGGGGCUCAGAUCCCCAGCCAGCUCUCCCCUAAUGCCAAAGAGUUUGUUUACCCAGCAUCCCCAGGGCCCCUAUACUUUGACAACGAUGCUCCACUCAUACUUUCACACUCAAGCCCCUUCCAGCACCCUCACCCCGCCCACUCCCACCCCUCAUUUGACCCAUUCUCCAGCCCCCCACCUGGUCCAGCUGUUGGUGCCAUUGGUGGUAGCGGUGGGAUUUCUUACAUGGAGAAGCCCUCAUUUGUGGAAGGUAUAGGGGGGUAUAACCUGCAAUAUCCCAGCCAGACCUUCCAGCCAGUGGUGCUGGCCAACUAAGCCUUUCUUAUGAUUAUUUCUGUUGCAGCAGUAGGGCAGUAAUGCUCAAGUAUUUUUUGGGAAAAUUGUUCUUACUGAUACUACAUCGUAUAAUUUGUUUUAUUACUACUACAACCUCCACUAUAUAUUUCAAUAUGAUUAUUUCCAUAUCAUUUAAUAUUCUGUUUUUUUGUUGUGGAUUUUGAUUACAGUUUCUCUAACCAGAGGAGUAACCAGCCUCCUAUUGCACAGAUGUUUUCAUUGAAUGUUCAGCAGAGUAAAAUGCCCUUCAGCUUUGGUCUAUUGACAGCAGUAUGACAGUUGAUAUUUUGCACUCCACUGUCACGCUGUGAAAAAGGGCCAAUGUCCUGUAAGAUGGCUUUGGAAAGCUUAGCGCUUUGCAAUCUGCUCGGCCUUAGUUAUCAAAAAUGCAUAGAGGGGUUUGUGUGGGUUUGGUGAGGUCUUAUUCAUGCUGACAAGUGUUUAAUGUGCUCUUCUGUGGCUUAUGGCCAUUGUGAAUAUAGUGGGCCUGUUACUAGAGCCUUGAAACGUAUCACACACCAUGUCUGAAUCGGUUUGGUGCAAAGGGAUCAGUCUUUGCCAUUCAUCAGCUCUGAAAUGUGUUCAUGGACAUGCUAAGGGAGCCUGUGUGUAGUGGCUUGGCAAUAGGGGGGGUUUAAUGUGCAGGGUAUGAGGAAAUGGAUCUGUCAUGACAGGAAGAAUUACUGCCAGGGAGGUCAGCGAACCUUGGUGAAAGUGAGGCAAGUUGAUCUUUGUCUUCGGCUAUGACUACUAAUCUCCCACCCACGCACAGGCACAUAGAAUCUGUCAGCAGUGUGUGAAGGUGAACGGGCGUUGUUGGAGGGGAAUAGGAUGCUGCUAAGCAAUGGGGAUUGUGAUGAAUGGCUUAGCGGGACUUUGACUAUGAAGGAGGGGUCUUACUCUGCAGGGAAAAGAGGAUGGGGAGGGAGUAAGGGGAGGGGAAAUGGAUGGCAAGGCAGGGGCAUCAAUGACGUUUUAACACCUUUUGGCAUCUUGGGUGCAAUGGCUUUAGACUGGCACUUCAAAAAUCCGGCGCACAUUUCUGUAGAGCUUUAGUGGCGUUUGCAGCCAAAGGCUCACGCUAUGUCCCCUGCUCUUUAAGCCCUUAAUUAUCUCUGUUCCAGUUGCUGCUCCAGUGGGAGACCAGCAUCAUAUAAUGAGAUGUUUUCCUUUUCCAUUUCCAGGACUAUGAAUGUUAACUAAACCUGUGUUUUUGUCACUUUAUGAUGCCAUGUCAGAUCAUUCUCAAAUUGAUGGUGGUGAUACCCUGUCUCCAUAUAGGUAAUAGAGGGGGCAGUAAUUGUCACCAGGGUUCAAGCAGCCUCCUAACCCCACCUUUCCUUUUGAGCCAUCCAGCACUUCAUAUUAUUGGGCUACAGAUGCCAUCCCCCCCCCCCCCCCCAACCAUGAUGUUACAGCUGCAUCUGCUAAGAAAUGUUGGAUCUGUUCCAAUGGGAUUUGGAUAGCAGGGGGAGUGUCCCUAGCCAUCAUCUGAAUGUUUUCUAGAUUAUGCCCAUAAACAUCUGUGUAGAAGCUAACGUAAAUACUCUUUAACUUGUGCUCACACUGGUAAUUGCUGUGAUAGUCUGUCAUAUGCGUGUCAUUCAAACUGUUUAUUUUUCUUUGCGUCCAGGGGUUGGGAGGGUUGGGUCGGAUCUCUUUAUAAAUGUGAUGCUUGUGAGGGAAGGGGUCAUUUUUACAUUUGUAAUUUAUUUUAAAUUUUCUAUAUUUUUCCUAUGUUUUUUCAAAAGUAAUGAAGUACUUUUGUAAAGUUGAGAGAGAAGUUAUAACAGUAGGAAUAUGUAUAUAUUUCUUCAGGUUUCCUUUGUUUAGUUAUGUGCUGAAGUUAUUACAAAGAUAACUAAAUAUAUAUGCAAGUUGGGAAUAAAGAUGUAUAAAAUAAAGUAUUGAAUGUG